UUUUUUUUUUUUUCCCCGUGUGUUUGAUGUUUUGAACACAUUCCUCAUAUACUCGGCCUUCACUGUUUUCUUUUAAUUCUAGGUUUCCAGAGAAACCCCACCGCUCUCGCUAGUUCUCGAUCUCUGCUUCUCCGCCCAUCUCAAGUUCCGUUUUGUUCUUCGUUGUGGAUACACGUGACGUCGUCGUCGAAUAUUAAACGCUGGGAGUUUUGAUUUUCCCGAUACUCGAAAAACGCGUUGCCGACAAGCAAGUUAGUGUCGGCGGUAUCGCUAAGGUGCGGAGAGAGUCCUCCUGCAAGUGGGCAGCUGUUUGAAGUUUGUGAGUUCGAGUUUGUUUAGCCACAGCAACCAUGAAUAUGCCGUUGUUGGAUAUUCAACCACGAACGUUGAAGUUUGUAGUUGAUCUCAAGAAGCAGAGUACCUGCGUGGUACAGCUUACCAAUACAACCCAUCUUUUUGUUGCUUUUAAGGUCAAGACUACAUCACCGAAGAAGUACUGUGUCCGUCCAAAUGUUGGCGUUGUGGCACCAAAAUCAACCUGCGAAUUCUCUGUGAUUAUGCAAGCUUUCAAAGAGCCACCUCCAGAUAUGGCUUGCAAGGACAAGUUCUUAAUCCAGAGUACUGCUGUGCCUGAGGAAACAACUGAUGAAGACAUCACUGCUAGCAUGUUCUCCAAAGCGGAAGGCAAACACAUUGAGGAAAACAAACUGAGAGUCACUCUCGUGAUGGCUUCUGACUCACCUGAACUAUCUCCAAUUAAGGGGACACUCAAGCAGGAAGCAUUAUUUGAAGAUUCCAUCCCCAAGGAUCGAUUACAUGGUCAAUCAGAGACUCUUCCUCCACAAUAUGAGAGUGAGAUUGUAAAGGAGCCGCCGAGGAUGGUUGGGCAUGAUGAGUUAAAGCAACCAAGGAAAGGCGUCAUAGAUUUUAUUGAAAAUGACAUAAAGGCAACUAAAGGUGGUGGCUACGAUUCAUCAAAAAUGGCAAAAGAAGCUGACUCUGAUCUUAUUAGGUCUCAUAAGGAUGAGGAUGAUGGAAGGGUAAUAAAGCCAACACAUGAUUUGGGUACUACCACGAAUAUGGCCAUGGAUCUUUCUGGGGACCAAGGGUUUGCUAAUCGAAAACCCUCAGCCAACAGUGUGACUUAUCCUGAAGAACCAAAGAUGCAUAGAGACAGAGACGUUGUCCAGCAGCAGAAAACAGAUGCUCAGAAUAUCAAAGCAUUGGAUGAGUAUAAGUUGGUUAAAGACAUUGAGGAGAUGAAGCUGAAAGUCAAUGCUCUUGAAUCCAAGCUAAAACAGGCUGAUUCAACCAUUUCGAAGCUAAUGGAGGAGCGGUCUAUAAGCUCUCAACAUAGAGAAAGCUUGCAACAAGAGCUGGCGGAGAUGAGGACGAAGAAGAUAGUGAAAGAAGUGCACAUUGGGUUCCCUCUGCUGUUUGUAUGCGUGGUUGCAUUCAUCAGCAUUGUUAUCGGGUAUUGUCUGCGCACAUGACUGCUCGGUCUCUCCCUUUAUAUCUCUUAGCAAGUGUGCAGUCAGAAAAUAUAUAGACAAAGGAAGGGAGCUUAAUGAUUGGUCUCGUUUUGGUCAUAAUGAUGUUUCUCCAGGCACUUUUAAUAUGAAUUAUUAUAGACUGUAUAGCGUCGAGUGUUAGUUGACACAAGUGGACAUACGGUAUGAUGAUUUGGCUUUGUUUCUCUGCUCUUUUACUUUCUAUUUUAAAGAAAAAAUAAUAACGAUAAAUGAUGGUUGUAACUCUUUUAAGCAUCGACAUGAAAAGUAUAUUACAAAGAA